AUGAAAACAACAGGAAUAAUUUGGAAUAUCAUGCUGGCCCUUAUGACUGUGUUCAUCUGUACUGAAGCUUUACAACCUCCAAUUGGACUGAUACCACCUGGACAUGUGCCGACCCGUCCAUCCAUUUAUGCAAUAUACAAAUUGAAAGAACGGUUGCACGAUCUGUUGAAGCAGCGCAGGGAACGGUUGCACGAUCUAUUGAAGCAGCGCAUGAACCACUGA